CUGAAUGUUUAUCACGGUAUGGAGUACGUCGCUAAAAUCACUAUUGGCACUCCACCACAAACACUGCGAGUAGCACUCGAUACAGGAUUAGCUGACACCUGGGUAGUGGACUAUACAUGUGCAGCAAAUAAGCCAGUGGCUUGUGACAUAUCAGUUUGUGAUGAAGGCCUGUUAGUGGACACUAGGUAA